AAUAAAGAGCACCAUUUUGCGACGAUCCCCUCCCUCUUGCUUUGUAGAAGUUUACCCAACUUGCUACACUCUCUUCACCACGGCUUCAUUACACUCGUCGAAGGACGCGUUGGAUAUCUUGAAGAGCAUCAGCACUCCUGCCUCGGUCCUUUUCGAUCCUAAAUACACAACCCGACAACGGCCUUCGCCUUCACCCCCAUUCCGAACUUUCCCUCCUUCUCCCGCCCUCGCCAGAGCCUUCUUCUCAGUCCCAAGCACAAUCAGCGUACGAAAUCUAGACGAUACCGAACCGCCAGUUGAGAUGGAUAAGAGACACCCAAGUUCGUUCCAACAGUUGGAGAAGCUGGGAGAGGGGACUUAUGCCACUGUCUUCAAAGGUCGAAAUCGACAGACGGGCGAAUUGGUGGCACUGAAGGAAAUCCACCUCGACUCGGAAGAAGGCACACCCUCUACCGCAAUUCGAGAGAUUUCGUUGAUGAAGGAGUUGAAGCACGAAAACAUCGUCAGCCUACAUGAUGUUAUCCAUACAGAAAAUAAGCUCAUGCUGGUCUUCGAAUAUAUGGACAAAGACUUGAAGAAGUACAUGGACACUCAAGGCGACCGAGGAGCAUUACCGCCGACCGUUAUCAAAUCCUUCAUGCACCAACUUCUACAAGGCAUUGACUUCUGCCAUACGAAUCGAGUCCUUCACCGCGAUCUCAAACCACAAAACCUCCUUAUCAACAAUAAGGGCCAAUUGAAGCUGGCAGAUUUCGGUCUUGCGCGAGCUUUCGGCAUUCCCGUAAAUACCUUCUCUAACGAAGUCGUUACGCUCUGGUAUCGUGCUCCUGAUGUUUUGCUUGGAUCCCGAACCUACAACACCAGUAUUGAUAUCUGGUCCGCUGGCUGCAUCAUGGCAGAAAUGUACACAGGCCGACCUCUUUUCCCCGGAACAACCAACGAGGAUCAACUCGUACGCAUCUUCCGCAUCAUGGGCACGCCCUCUGAGCGCACUUGGCCUGGAAUCUCGCAGUACUCGGAAUACAAGCAGAACUUCCAGAUGUACGCUACACAAGAUCUACGAGUCAUCCUACCACAAAUUGAUUCCAGUGGUAUUGAUCUUUUGCAGCGAAUGCUGCAACUGAGACCAGAGUUGAGAAUCAGUGCUCAUGACGCUCUUCAACACCCAUGGUUCAAUGAUCUGGUUGGGCAAGGGCAAAUGAGACCUCCUCAACAUCAGGGUGCAGCAAUGAUGCAGCAAAGAGGAUAUGCACAACAAGGUGUCGUGGCUCAGGGCGGCUACGAGUAUUGAUUCAGUUGACGUUGGGUUGGAUGGUACAAUGGUGGUUCUUGGUUCACGGUUGAUUGAUACCUGGGAGUGCAUUGAUGGCGUUCCGGUGGUG